UUGGGACGUCACAAGGGAAUGUGCAACCGAACCUGAUGUGGAAUAAUCCAAUCACCUGUAAAGAGGGACAGGCAGGCGCCAAUGAGAAUGUGGGACGCGGUGUGAAGUUUGUGUGAGAGCCGGCCAGUUCUUCCGUGGGCUCAGUUGUGGGGAUCGUGGCCUUUAGGCUUACUGCUGGCUUUUGGCUGCGGUUUCCCGCCCUCUUCUCUGUGGAGCGAUGUCGGCCCGGUUCCGGACUGCGUCAGUCGCUGCGGUUUUCUGGCUGAGUCUCUGCUACAUGUCGGCGACGGCAACCGGAGUGCAAGAAGAGGAGAAAGCGGUCAAAGCGGAGAGCGGGCAGCAGAAAAUAUCUUCUCCACACCCUAUGGCUAAUGUUGUCAGCGAUGAGUCUGUAACCAAAACAAACCUGGGUUUCAUACAUGCUUUUGUUGCUUCCAUAUCGGUCAUUAUCGUCUCGGAACUGGGUGACAAGACAUUCUUCAUAGCAGCUAUUAUGGCCAUGCGCUACAAUCGCCUCACCGUGCUCGCUGGAGCUAUGCUGGCUUUGGGAUUGAUGACCUGUCUAUCUGUUCUUUUUGGCUACGCUACUACAAUAAUCCCCCGGAAGUAUACAUAUUAUGUAUCAACGGCACUGUUUGCAAUAUUUGGUUUCCGGAUGCUUUGGGAAGGCUUGAAGAUGAGCCCUGAUGAAGGUCAGGAAGAACUGGAAGAAGUGCAAGCAGAAAUCAAAAAGAAAGAUGAAGCUCUCCAGCGAUCAAAAGCAGUAAAUGGUCCACAGGAUAUUGAGUCAGGAUCGUCAGCACAUCUAUCACAAAAGAGGCGAAUGCCUUGUAUUUCUCCAAUUUUCGUUCAGGCAUUCACCCUCACAUUUUUGGCAGAAUGGGGAGAUCGAUCACAACUAACUACCAUUGUCUUAGCUGCUAGGGAGGAUCCCUUUGGUGUUGCUGUAGGUGGAACAUUAGGACACUGCCUUUGUACUGGAUUGGCGGUGAUUGGAGGAAGGAUGGUUGCCCAAAAAAUCUCUGUUAGAACUGUGACCAUCAUUGGUGGAAUAGUUUUCCUGGCAUUUGCACUCUCCGCCUUGUUCAUCAGCCCAGACAGCGGGUUUUAACAAGAAUGAUAACCUGCAUCGUCCAUUUCCAACUGUUAAUUCCUAUGUUUAUAAAUGUACAGUGUGACUGUACACUACAGAGGGCUUGAUGUAGACAUGUGCCUCCUAUACAGUUCACAUGUAUUUUUAGAUUCUGAAGGCAAGUCUUGAGGUUUUCAACCCAAACAACCUUGCUGUAUGUUUCAUUAUCUGUAUGAUUAUUUCAAUAAGUAGGCACUACAUCGAAAGCACUGUAACCAUAAACAUUGUCAAAAAACACUGGAGUUUGGAGAUAGCUUUCUAGAGAACUCCAGCAUUGAAUGGGAAGUGAAAUUUUAACAAUGAAGUAAUCUCCUUGCAGUACUCUCGUUUAAAAAAAAAGUUUGGAGCACUCCUUUUUGUCUUUCAUUCUGUCCAUUUUUCUUUGUAAGGAAUUAUUUGAAAAUGCUCCCUGUGAACCCCACCCUCCCAAAAAAAUGGGCCCCCAUUGCAGUAAUUGAAGGGAUCAUUGUCAUCAAGUAAUGCAAAUUUGUUAAUAUUGGAAUUUUUUUUUAGGAAUCUUGUAAAUCUCACCAAAUAAACAGAAUAUUGAGUCAGUUUUAAAAGGGCAACUGAGUCUUUAACAGCAUUGACCCAUAAUUAUCAGAGUUGUGUUUUAUAACUCUAAUAACUAGUGGUUGUUAAAGUGAUCAACAUUUAGCUUGCAACUUUUGUUGUUUGUGCAAAUUAAUGUUCUUCUAUUUGCUGAAGUCCGAGCUGCAGUUUUGUAACUGCUACAGUACUCUCCACUUUUCCUAUGUUUUUGAUUACAUCAGUGUAUAUCAGUUACUAACUUUUUUUAAAAGUAAGUGAAGGUUUGAUCAGGAAUACAAGUUGUGAUUGUUUCUGGUAGUUAUAAUAAAUUAAUUUGUAAUUCUGAAAACCUAUAGAAUAUGUUAAACCUUGGUGCUGCAAUUGACUGUUAAAGUUCACUGUCGAGAUUACAGUGAAUGCUGUGUUUUUUUUUUUCACAGGUAGUUGCUGCAGCAUUUAAUAUUUAUUUUAGCUAUUUAAAUUCAAAUUUGCAGGGCUUACAAUGGAGUCUUGGCUGUUUUUCAGUUAUGUCCAUAAAGCAGAGUAGACUCUGAAGUGGAAUAGGAGAAAUGCAUACCCACUUCCUAAAAUUGUUCCAAGAUGAAUUACUCAGAUACUGCUAAAUAACAAAAACUGGCCAUCUCCUAAUCUACCUGAAAACAGGAAUUGCCUCGAAAAUGGGAAUAUACAAUUAAUGAACAUAAGUGGCAUCAUGAUUUACCCCAUAGUUACUACCUGAUUUUAAUAAGAACUUGAUAAUUCUGCAGUUAUGUAUACGUGAUUAACUAUUAAAUUAUCUUGUUAAAACUAAAGCUAUCCUUUAUGUUCAAGAUGGCACUAAAUUAUGUGAAUGUUAGUGUCAGCCAUGUAGUUCAGCAAGUAUCAAAACAUUGCAUACUUUUUAACAUGUUGGGCCAAUAGAAGUCCCAGUUUAUACCCCUCUCACUAUCUUUUGAGGUUUGUUUUGCUUUGAUGAUUUGAUGUGUUUUGCAAAUGUAAAUAUUGUAAACUGUUACAUUUAAUGCAAUAUGAUCUAUACCGAAAGACAUUUUAAAAUAAUUAAGAUUGUGACUGAAAACUAGGAUUACUUACUUAUCUGUUGGAUCUAGCCUCCCAAGAUAUUCACUUGCCUGUGGCAUUUCGCCGGUCACAGACACAGUUUUACACAGUGGAAUUAAUCAUUUCUAUAGUAUAAAAAUCUUCAGUUUUGCAUAUUGAAAUCGCCUUAAUACACAGGGAUUGGGAAUUUAGAGCACUGUUUAACUUGGACUGUUGAACAAACAAUGCACCCAAUGGUUUUAACAACUCAAGGAUUAUUUGUAAAAAUGCUGCUUCUUUGCACCCUGGCCCACUGAGAAAUGGAAAACAGACAGGAAGGAGUCCUUAUUUAGCAGCUCAUGCUGUGGUUCAGAGGGGGAAUUGAUUUUUUGCAAUUUGGGAAGGGAGAAUCUUAACACCAGCGUAUUAAUAAAUUGCAGUUUCAAAAAGAGUACAUGUCAGAGGAUUGGUGCUAUAAUGUUGUAGCCCCACCCAUUCUCAGAAUUAGGAUCUGUGCUGAGCGCAUGAUUUUACCCCUUGUAUGGGCAUAGUGAACAACUUUUAUCUAUGGUACCUAUAGUUUAAAAAAAAAUCCACCACAGUACUUUUCUCGACUCUGCAGAUAUUCUGAUGAAUUAUGGAACUUGAAUUUCCAGUUGCUCUGUUGUUUAAGCUAAUGCAGUGUAUAUCAAAUGGUGCUUCUGGCAAGCUGUUUUGCAUUUGAGUUCUCAGCACAGGCAGGACCCCUCAAGUUUAUCUUCAUCCAUGUAGAGUAUCUCUUUGUCCUUUUGCAAUAAAUGAAAAUUGAGUGUUUUGUGUUAUGAAAUUAGAGAAGUCUUAGUUUUGUGGUCUUCGAUCCAUAUAGGGCCCCCAGUAGCCUUCAUGUCUUCUACCACUUACCCUGUACUUUUAAAAUACAAGCGUCAGCUAUGAUUGCUAUCAGAUUCCUCCUAAAAUGACUAGAUGACGAUUUUGUGUAAAAGUGAUGCAACUGCUUAAAAUUGAUCUAAUCAUGUAUCUUAUUGAUUUAUGUUCGUAGUAGUGGUGGUGCAGCAUUCCUAUAACUGCAGGUGCAGUUCUGUUUUCAGUUUUAAAUCCGCUAUUGUACUAUAAGUCUUAACUUCUGAACUCCCAACAUUCAUCUAAAUUAGCUGAUAUGCAGGAGUCAAAGUAAAUGCUUCAUUUGCACUGUUGGAGUAGUACACCAAAAUAUUUUUGUGAAUGUUAGUUUGCAAGACUCUGCAGAACAUUUUUCUUUUAUGUUAAAAUACAGAUUUAUAAGAAACUAAGUCUUUAUUGUACAGAUUAGAUUUUUACAUAUUGCUGUUACCAGUGGAUGUACUUAUUUAAAGUAUGAAAGGCAAUACCUUCAAAUCUGACAUUUCAUUUCUAAAAGUCAUUGAAGACUGCUUCAGUUUUGUUAUUCACAAUUUAGAGGAAUUAAUGCUAGACCAUCUUCAGUUCAUUAUGUUUUUCUCCUCAAUGAUUUCCAGGCUCUGUUCUUCUCCUUUAGUCUUUCUUCCAGAAUUUGUAUUUUGGAGGUUCCAGGUUAUUAGGCGUGUUGUAAUAAUGUAUUUGCAAUUUGGGUACAGAUUUAACUCCAUCUUUUUAGCACCACGUGAUUGAAUUUGGCAAGCAAACAUAUGCAACAAUAAGUUCACAUCUGUUCAAUUCAUUUUAUUUCACUGUUUGUCUUAUAUAGUUAACUUAGUUUUCACUAAGCUUUAUGGGAUUUUUCUUAUGUGGAUACUUGUAUUCAGUAAUAAAGUCAUGGACUGUGA